GAUCAGCCAAUUCUUUUAGUUUUCCACUUCUUUACAACAACGCCAAAAAGAACCCAAUUAUUAAUAAUUAUAAUAAUAACGCAUCCCUCUCUUCAUCUUCUUUAAUUUCACUCUCUCUCUCCAUUAUGCUCAGACUGGAAAUUUUAUUAUAAUUUGUGAUGGUGUUUUAGAUAUUCAGAAGAAGAAAAUAAUGGGUUCUUGUGCUUCUGUUCAUAAAGCAACACCUGAGUCAGCAGCUGCUAUGAAGCUGGGAGUUUCUUUUGAUUCUAGAAAUGGUAAUCUUGCUGUUCCUGAAUCACCCAUCAAAGAUAAUCAGCAGAAUUUUAAUGGGCAUCCGGCAAUCAAGAAUUUUAACGAUUUUGGUAGUAAAGAGGACACCUUUUUUGAUUCCCGAGCUUGGUUAGAUUCAAACUGUGAAGACGAUUUCCUCAGUGUCAAUGGUGAUUUUACUCCAUCCCGGGGCAAUACUCCAGUGCAUCAUAAUUUUUCAACUGGAACCCCGAAAAUCAACAGAAUCUCUUCCGAGGGCAGACCUCCAACUCCUGGGUCUAUACCUGAGCCAUCCCCAACAGGGAAAAAGAGACUUUCAGAACUUUUUCAUGACAUAUUGCGCGAAGAACAGAACGCUGACAAUCAAGACGGUGCAAGCAUUCAGAACGUUGCAGAUGGCCAGAAAGAAGUCAAGCAAACCAUUCUCGACGUUCUUCCCAAAUCUGCCGCCGGUACCCCUUACAUCUCUGGAACUAACAGUUUCUGCAGUAGCGAGAGGACUGUUAAUGGAGAAGCUUUAUUAGAGAGGGAGAAAUCAAUUAAAUCCGGGCAAUGUUGCCUUCCAAGUUUGAUUUCCUGCCGUAGUUUUAGUGACAGGAAGAAGAAGAUGAGUCUGGCCAUAGCUGUAAAUGAUAAAGCGUAGUUACUGGUACUUCUAACAAGAUGUAAAGCUCUCGAUCAACCCCACUUGAGAUCGUAAGUUACGUGAAACAUCUUCAUUACAAUCGGAUUAUGUAAGUAAAAUUUCACUUAUAUAGAAAGCAACGUUGGUAGAGGAGGUAUAUAACGCCAUGAAGAUCCUCUCCAAGUUUAUCUUGGGGUGGACGAAAGACCAUAAAUUGUUGUUUUAAUGAAGAUUUUUAUAUUUAUAAAGAACAAUAUCUUGUGUGCA